AUGUCAUAUCCUACGAGAUCCCUUUCGUCGCAUAUGCGAGCCCCUAGCUCGGCGUCCGCAGCAUCACAAUCGCCGGCUCUGCUUGCACGAAUUGAAGAAAAGAAGACAGAACUUCAGAGCUUGAGAGAACUCCGAGACUUGAGUGCAGCUGUCGCAAACCAGAUGGAGGCAUUGGAACAGAAACUGACGACGCUUUCCGAUGGUACUGAGGCAAUCGCGGCCGUCAUGGGUAACUGGCAUAAUGUGCUACGAGCUAUCAACAUGGCAUCCACAAAAUUGGCAAAGCCGGCAGGCGACACUUCGACACAAAAUGUUCCCGAAUCGAACGACUCGCUUCCCCAGACCUUGGUGCGAAUACCGACGGAACAUGCGCCAACAUUACAAGCUCAGGCUGAUGCUAUUGAAGCAGCGGCUGCGGAGGGCGACUCGACUGCCAGCACAUGA